UGAAGUCGCUUUGGAGAAAAGCAUCGGAGAAAUGAAUAAAUAUAACGGUAGCUGCAGGGCGUCUCUCCUGUUCCACGUUAUUUUUCACACUCCUAUUGACCCCCGUGUUCUUGAUGCGAACGGCAGCGCGCCCCACCACCCCCACGCGGUCUGCUCAGACAAGUUUGCCAGUACGAGAGGGAACGCCUCCGUUCUCAAGGCCCGUAUUGAAUCCCAUAAAACACGCGGGCGUGACCGGGGGGCCUCCGCAAUAAAAGUACGCAGUCGCUGGCGUGUUCCUGGCGGGAUCACGUGAGCACAUGGGGACAGGGAGGAGAACACGCUUCCUCCGUCGGUCCACACGCACGCCGGCAGCAUGGUGUCGGGGAAGAAGGCCAAGCUGCUCGUUUUUGAGCUGCUGCAGUUUGCAGGGCUCGUCACGCCCGUCUUCGUGGCGAUGCAGCGCUUUGCGGGCGUCGUUCGCCAAGCCCAGGGGGGCACGCAGCCCUCGAGGGACCCGAGCGUAGCCUACUGGCUCAUCGUGGCCUCCUCCAUCGCCUACGUUGCCACGACGACCCUGCUGGUGUGGCUGCCUGUCAAGUACCUGGUGUUCAGGAGGUCCGGCUUCUUCAGGGAGAGGAGGAGCUGGAGACCCGUGAGCCUCGUGUUCGUCACCCUCUCCACACUGCCUUGCUUCGCCUUCAUCGUCGCCAGCUCCCAGGUGCAGAUCCAUCAGAGCGGGGAGUACGAUUCCUUCGGCGAGCUGCCCGUGUCCCUGGUCCUGCUCUCGCUCAUCUGCGUGGACGUCAUAGAGAGGAUCCGUCCACGGCGCUUGACAGGCCAAGAUGAGAUCGCGACGAGCGCGGCCUUUCCGGGCCCGGCGCUCGUUCUCACGGAGUCGGUUUCCACGGUGACGGGACAGCUUGAUGACCAUGGAGAUGAAAGGUGGACCAGAGCCAACGGGUCAGCGGACUUCCACCGUUAUAGCGGCCCGGUCCUGACCUCCCUUGUGGCUCACGAGCCAGACCUGGACGGCCCUCUCCGGUGGCUGCGUGUUCACGACCCCCGCUCCAAACUCUUUGUGUCCGGGUUCCUCUUCUGGCUGGACACGGUGGAGAUGCUCAGAGUGGCCUCACUGCCCUCCAUCUACCUGUCCAACUGGCUUUUUCCCAUUUACGUAGUGAGCUACCUGUCAUCCCUACGGGUCAUCGCAGCCCCUCAGAGCCCCUGUGGGCCCUCGCUGGGGGUCUGGCUCCAGGACUUCCCUUUCCUCAUCCUCCGCAUUGCUCUCAUCGCUGCCUUUGGUCUGGUGACCCCUGUACUCUACCUGGUCAAGAAUCUUCUGGUCACCCUGAGUUUUGUGUAUUUCAACUACAUGAUCAAGCUGAGGAUCUUCAACACAGAGCGUUUGCUGUAGCGUCAC